AUGGAAUCAAAUAAAGAAUUAUUGGGCUCAACGCGGAGUACCGUUCUCACCACCGAAUAUAUUUUUAGGGAGCCUAACUUUUAUUCAAAGGAAGAAUGUGGUAAGUCAUGUGGUGUAUGGAUGCGUGAAAUGUAUGAACAGUUCAAAUCUCCGUACAUAGGAAUCUGGUUAAUAUGGAAACCAGCUUUAAUUAUAAACGAUCCAGAUAUUGCUCGGCGAAUAUUAGUUAAGGAUAGUGCAAUUUUUAGAGACAGAUAUUUGAGUUCUGGAAGCAGCGAUCCCAUUGGAGGACUAAAUUUGUUCACUGUUAAUGAUCCUGUGUGGACCAGCGUUCGUCGAAAAUUAUCGAAUACAUUCACUGUAGCUAAACUCAAGGCCCUCCAUCAUUAUACAUUGAGUAAAGUAGAUGACCUGAUAAGAAGAAUCGAAAGAGACUGUGAAAAAGGGUUAGAACUUAAGAGACUUUUCGUUGAUUACACAACAGAUGUUACUGGAACAUUUGCUUUCGGUAUUGAAAGUAAUGCAACUCUUACAUCUAAGGGACCUUUGAGAGAAAUUACGGCUGACUUUGGAAAAUUUAGUAUAUAUAGAGGAAUAUGUUGGUUCAGUAUAUUCUUUUGGCCAGAACUAGUAGACAUAUUUAGAUUUAAAAUGUUCCCAAAGAAAUCUAUGUAUUACUUUAAAAGAAUAUUUGAAACCGUUUUAAGUCGGCGUAGCAACGACAAAGGAGGCAAAGAUUUCAAAGAUGUAGUCGAUGCUCUUAUAGAGUUCAAAAAAGAAAAAGAACAAAACGAUGAAGAUGUUUCUAACGAAUUUUUGAUUGCCCAAGCAGCAAUCUUGUUGUUUGGAGGUUUUGAUACAACUUCAAGUAAUCUGACUUACAUGACUUAUGAACUAGCUUUUAACAGCGAGUGCCAGGAAAAGUUAUAUAAUGAACUUAAGGAAGCUGAUGAAAGGAAUGGAGGAAAUUUCGACGCUAACACCGUGUCUGAAUUAACUUAUCUCAAUUGUGUUUUAAAAGAGUGCCUCAGAAAAUAUCCACCAAUGGGCUACCUCGAUAGAAUUGCCGCUACGGACUAUGAGAUUGAUGAUAAAUUGACCAUCAAAGCUGGUACAGUAGUUUAUGCGAACGCUGUUGGUCUACAUUAUGAUCCAAAAUACUUCCCUGAGCCUACGAAAUUUAAUCCUGAUAGAUUUUUACCAGAAAAUGUGAAUAAGAUUGAACCAUAUACGUUUUUACCGUUUGGAGAUGGACCAAGAGUGUGCAUAGGUCAAAGAUUUGCCAUAUUGACUGCACGAACAGCUGCGUCACAAUUGUUUCUGAGAUACAAGGUUCGACCUCUCCCUAAUACUCCUGCACCUAAUGACGCUAAAAUCGACUGCAAAGGCCUUUUGUUGCAUCCCGGAGAACCAAUGCGUGUUGAAUUUAUACCGAGAGAAAAAAAGUAA